AUGAGGCUGGAGCACCCGAGCAUGGAGAUGCUUCUGAAGAAUAUGACAUGGAUUAGAGAGCUCUAUCUUGAUGGAGUCUUUCUUUCAAACUACGAGAGGAGAAAAUGGAGCCACAUUGUCUCAUCAUAUCUACCCAACCUCACCGGGUUGAGCUUGGUUUGGUGCUCGUUGUCCGGCCCUUUGGCUAGGUCCUUUUCCCAUCUCAAUUCCCUUUACGUUCUUCGACUAGAUUCAAAUGAUCUUUCAGCAGCAGACUUAGACUUGUUUGCGAAUUUCUCUGGCCUAACCACCUUGAGUCUUUUUAACUCGGGUUUAAAGGGAUCUUUUCCUAGUGUGAUCUUCCAAAUACCCACUCUGGAGUAUCUUGAUUUAUCUCAAAAUGAACUAUUGAGUGGAAGCAUACCUCCAUUCACUCAAAAUGGUUCUCUCAAGUUGUUAAAACUAACCGGCACAAACUUUUCCGGGUUGAUACCAAGCUCAAUUGACAAUUUAAAAGACUUGAGUAGCAAUCAUCUCGAAGGGCAUAUCCGGUGGAGUGGGAAGGCGUGGGGUGCGACGCAGCAGGCCAUGUUGAAAUGGAAUCAAACCGAUGAUUGUUGCGAGUGGGAAGGCGUGGGGUGCGACGCAGCAGGCCAUGUUGUGAUUCUUCAACUCGACAACGAGGGCAUAUCCGGUGGAGUUGAGGAUUCAUCAAGUCUUGUAAGUCUUGAGAAGUUGAAGCUAGCAAACAAUUCACUUAAGGGGACCAUUCCCACUCUAAAUCACUCUAGCUUGAUUGAGCUAGAUUUGAGUAGUAAUCAACUCAAAGGCCCUAUUUCUAACUCUUUCCUCAAUCUUCCAAGUCUUGAGGUUCUCUCUCUAUCUCACAACUUGUUCAAUGAUACUUUUCAACUUGAAAAUAUCCAUAGGCUUCACAACCUUACAACUUUGAAUCUCUCUCACAACAACUUUUCACUUGAUGCAAAUUCAAAUUUGUCUAGAUUUUCCCAUCUAAAGAAGUUGAGCCUUUCUUCUUGCAACUUGCACAAGAUUCCGGAUUUUCUAAAACAAUCCAACUUGAACUUUUUGGAUCUCUCAGACAACCAGAUAACCGGGGAGAUACCUAGUUGGAUUUGGGAAAUGGGAAAUGGAGGUCUUUAUCAUUUGAAUCUUUCUUAUAAUCUCUUGUUUGAUUUGCAAAAGCCUUACCAUAUUCCCGACUUUCUUGCUGAGUUGGAUUUGCAUUCGAACCAGCUCCAUGGCGAGUUGCCCCUUCUCCCACAAGGCGCCUCGUAUAUCGACCUUUCUAGUAACAAAUUUGACAAGCCUAUUCCUCUUACCUUUGUAAGCUCCAAUACCUUUAUGAUGUUCUUGUCUAUUGCAAAUAACAGUAUAAGUGGAUCGAUUCCAACGUCCUUUUGCGGUAGUGAGUCACUUCGAAUUCUUGACUUGUCUCUCAAUAACUUGAGUGGUAGCAUACCUCCAUGUAUUGCGGAAUGGAUGUCUAGUCUUGAAGUGUUGAAUCUUAGGCGAAACAACAUCAGUGGUGAUAUCCCGGAUAAAUUUUCCACCAGCUGUCGCUUGAAGUUCUUGGAUGUCAACAACAACAACUUAGGAGGGAAUUUUCCGAAGACUCUAGGAAAUUGUAAUUCAUUGGAGAUGGUGAAUGUUGAGCAUAACAAGAUUGAAGGUAGCUUCCCGUGCAUGCUGGCAUCAAGGUUGAAAGUUUUAAUUUUGCGUUCGAACUUGUUCGUUGGAGAGGUGAGAUGUGGUAGAGAUUGGCCUAAUCUUCAAGCCAUUGACGUGUCUUCCAAUCAUUUCAGAGGAAAUCUGCAACAGGUAAGUUUCUCAAGCUGGAAGAAGAUGGUGUUGGGUAGUAAGAAGUACAAGAGGGUUUUACCUCCGGACUUUACUUACUUGGACUUGAAUCAAGGCUCACUCUCUAGGCUCUUGGAAGAAUACACAUACGUUGAUUUUUCUAGCAAUAAUUUCGAUGGAGAGAUUCCAGAAGCAAUUGGUGAUCUGAAGACGCUUACGGUUCUCAACUUAUCCCACAAUUCCCUGACGGGGGCAAUCCCAAAAUCAUUUGGGAACAUGACGAAUCUUGAAGCACUUGAUGUCUCAGUAAACCAGCUAACAAGGACGAUUCCGAUGGAGCUCGAACAGCUCACAUUCCUUUCAAUCCUCAAGGUGUCCUACAAUAAGCUUGUUGGAAGGAUACCGCAGGAUGCUGAGCAACAGAACAUAAGGAUCGAGGGCUGCGUCGCCGCCUCGGCCCCCGUGGAUCUGAGGAGACUGAUUGAGGAGAUGCAUGGCCAAGUGAUUUUCAGGUCCAGCUUCGGUGGGAGAUACAUUGGGACGGAGAACGGGAAGAAGUUCAUGCGUUUGGUUAGGGUUUUCAUGCGGCUUGUUGGGGAAAUUCACAUUGGUGAUUUUAUUCCGUGGCUUGGAUGGAUUGGUCGUGUCAAUGGUUUUGAUAAAAGGCUCGACACCACUGCCGAAGAGCUGGAUCAAGGUUUGGAGAGUGUGAUUCAAGACCGCCAACGCUUGGGCAAGGGCAAUGGCAAGGGCAAAGAAGAAGAAGAAGAAGAUUUUUUGGAUAUUUUGCUCCAAAUCUACAACCAAGAUGCCUCCACGGAUCCAGAUAGCAUCAAACCCUUGCUUUUGGAUGUGUUUAUUGGUGGAACUAAUUCAAUCUCGACGUCUUUGGAAUGGGUGAUGUCGGAGCUCUUACGACAUCCUAGGGUGAUGGAGAAGUUGCAGUCCGAGGUACGAGGUGUCGUUAAGCAGAAGCAGCACAUAACGCAAGAUGAUCUAGAGAAAAUGGGUUAUAUGAAGGCCGUGAUCAAGGAAAACAUGCGUCUACUUUCGCCGAGAAUCUCAAGCAAGGAUGUGCAUAUCAAAGGGUACGACGUUGCAGCCGGAACCAUGGCGAUGGUCAACACGUGGGCCAUUGGGAGGGAACUCGUCUCAUGGGACGAACCGGACAAGUUUAUGCCGGAAAGAUUUUUGAAUUCUUCAAUAGAUUUCAAAGGCCAAGAUUUCGAUCUGGUCCCAUUUGGUCCCAUCAGGAGUCUCUUUCUCUAG